UCAGAGCAGAGCAGAGCAGAGAGGAGGAACGACUGUUACUGGAAGAUGGCGGGCAAUAAUAAAACAACAGUAAUCCGCAAAGUCUUUGCUUUGACUUUGGCAGUUUGCGUCGACCUCUCCUUGUUUUACGCGUCUGGAUCCGUCGUGACGCACAGAGUGUUCGGACAUGUGGCGCAUCUCUGGGUCUCUGCGGCUCUCCGCUGUUUGGCUCUGACGGCUGUGACUCUGUUCGCGCUUGGACACAUCAGCCCGGUGUUGAUCCGCGUUAUAACGGCGCACAGUGCGCUACCGGCGGUGUUCCAGACCGGAACCGGACUGCUCCACCACGAGGAGACCCGGUGCGCCGGUCUGGUGCCGGAUGCGCGCUGCUGGCUGAUUUGCACCGGCGCGUCGCUGGCUGCUGCGCUGUUCUGGGAGAUCACCAUCCGGUACGAGGACGAUGUGUCCGCCGGUAAAGAGAAGAAGCAGAAAGCCAGAGAGCUGCUGAUGAGAGUCCUACACCUGUUCAGACCUGAAUACCCGCUGAUGCUCGGAGGGCUCCUGUUUCUCACGAUGGCUGUUCUGUGUGAGAUGUUCAUCCCGUUCUACACCGGGAGAGUCAUCGACAUCCUCGGCAGUCAGUAUCAGCCCAAUGAAUUCAUAUCUGCGCUCCUCUUCAUGGGCCUGUUCUCUCUGGGAAGCUCUGUGAGUGCCGGCGGCAGAGGGGGUUUCUUACUGUGUGCCAUCAGUUCCUUCACCUGCAGAAUGAAAGUCAUGCUGUUUGGGGCUUUGACCAAACAGGAAAUUGGAUUCUUUGAGACCACAAGGACAGGUGAAAUCACCUCCAGGUUGUCUAAAGACACCAACUUGAUGGGACUAGCAGUGUGUCUGAAUAUCAACGUGCUGCUGAGGACAUUCAUCAAGACACUGGGCAUGAUCUCCCUCAUGAUGAAUCUUUCAUGGAAGCUCACAUUCCUCGUGUUGAUGGAGACGCCUAUCACCGGCCUCAUCCAGAACAUCUACGACACACACUACCAGCGGCUGUCCCUGGAAGUGCAGGAAAAGAUGGCUAAGGCAGAUGGCGUCGCGAAUGAGGUACUAUCCCGUGUUCAUCUGGUAUGGAGCUUUAACACAAAAAAACAGGAGGCCUGUCGCUAUGACGACCGCUUGAUGGACACACACAAACUAAAGACCCAGCGGGACACUGUCGGGGCCGUUUACUUGCUCGGACGGAGGUUGACAGGGUUGGGCAUGCAGGUCUGUAUGUUGUACUACGGCAGGCUGUUCAUCCGGAGUGGGAAGAUGACAACUGGCAACCUGGUUUCCUUCAUCCUCUACCAGUCAGAUCUUGGAGACAACAUCAGGACACUCAUCUACAGCUUUGGCAACAUGCUGAACUCGGUGGGGGCUGCCGGGAAAGUGUUUGCGUACCUGGACCGAAAACCUCUGGUCAGCACGGAGGGGAAACUCCAACCUGAUGAGCUGAAAGGGCACGUCAGCUUCCGCCAUCUCAACUUCGCCUAUCCUACAUACCCCAACAAACCAGUGCUGCAGGACUUCUCUUUGGAGCUGAAGUCAGGUCAGAUGACGGCACUGGUGGGUUCGUCUGGAAACGGAAAAAGCACCUGUGUGAGUCUGCUGGAGCGAUUCUAUGAGCAGCAGGAAGGAGAAAUCCUAUUGGACAAUGAACCGCUGAAAUCCUAUGACCACCGUUUCCUCCACAAGAAGAUUGCAGUGGUGAGCCAGGAGCCUGUGCUCUUCUCUGGCUCCAUCAGAGACAACAUCGCCUAUGGGCUUGCUGAAUGCUCAUUGGAGGAGAUCGAGGAAGCAGCACGCAAAGCCAACGCCCAUGACUUCAUCAAGCAGCUGGAGAAAGGCUACGAUACAGAGGUGGGUGGGGACGGCGGCCUAUUAGCCAAGAGCGAGAAGCAGCGAAUCGCCAUUGCUCGAGCUCUGGUCAGACAGCCGCAGGUCCUCAUUCUGGAUGAAAUAACCAGCUCUCUGGAUAUGGAGAGUGAAAAUAAGAUUCAGCAGGCCCUGGCUAGCUGUCCCAACCAGACCCUGCUGGUGAUCGCUCACCGGCUGAAGACCAUCGAGAAGGCGGAUCAGAUCGUUGUGAUCAGUGACGGAAGAGUUCAGGAGCGAGGGACUCACCGGGAACUGAUGGACAGGGAGGGGAGCUACUACAAACUGAGGGAGAAGCUCUUCACUGAGGGAAACUCACCACAGUGACAAACAGCCGCUGAGCUGAUGCUGUAGUCGAUGGGUUCUGUGUGCUGCGGGUCGGACUAGGGAUGCAUCGAUACCGAUAACAGUAUCGAGUUUCGGGUCCGAUACUGUGCUCAUGUACUCGUACUUGCAAAAUGGCUUCGAUACAACGGCACUGAUACCACUUUAUGGUGGUGCGCCCGACCCCGCUGGGUCGGGAUCCCACCUCAGCCGCCGCACACCGGCCCUCACCUUCAUUGCCCCACGGGGUUUUGCUUGCACCCUCUGACUUUCGCUUGCGUUAGACUCCUUGGUCCGUGUUUCAAGACGGGUCGAGUGAGUUGCCAACAAUGCCGCAGACCCCUGGCGCCUUUUACGUUGGCCGAGCACCGAUCUGGCGGCAGGACGCGGAUGACAGUCGCACGUCCGGGCAGGAAGUGCUGUAAAGCUGCGGCCGCGAGCCACCUUCGCUCUGAGCCUUUCCAAGCCGACCUAGAGCCGGUAGCGGCGCACCGCCUCGUAUGCAAACUCCCCAG